CUCACUUGUGUCUGCUGUGUUUACCUGGCAGGCCAAGCUUUGCCAGUUUCCUACUGAUAUUAGUGCUCUAGUUAAGCGCUGUCUCAUUGCGGUUCUCUGUGUGAUGGCUAAAAUUGUGAUGUGCGAGCCGUUUGAACUCUACAAUCUCCUUAACCAGUGCCGCUGUGUGUCCAGACUGGCAGAGAUCAACUACCUCUGUUUGAUUGAUGCUAGUGAAGCCCAAGAUUACUACAGAAGUCACAUCAUAACUGCUAAAAAUGCUAAAAUGGACUCAAAGGGAGCUUUCCUUCUUCCAGAGUUGGUGGAGGUUGACAGUAUGCAGCAUGUGGUGGUCUAUGACAGCAGCACAAGCUGUACACAAGAGCAAGGCAGAGCAGUCGGUUGUGCCCAAGUCCUCGCUAAGGCUAGCCUCAAUCCAGUCCACAUAGUGAGAGGAGGCUUUCAUAGGUUCUCAGCUCUAUACCCUUUCUUAAGGACUGAGAAAAUACUUAACACCAUCAUGGAGCUGGAAAACCUGAAGAUUUACCCAGUGGAGAUCAUAGCGGGACUGCUGUACAUGGGUGACCAGAAGCAAGGCAUGGACACCACUGUCCUCAAAGACCUGAAAAUCGAUGCUAUCGUCAGCAUCUCAGAGAGUAACGCUCUGGAGUCCACAAAGGGGAACCAGGCCUUCCUUAACAUCCCUGUGGCUGACUCAGUGGUGUCUGAUUUAUAUUCAAGCUUUGAAAGGAUCUGUAGUUUUGUUACUAUAAAUAUAAAAACAGGUGCUGCGGAGGACUCUCUUUCUCUCCAUCUCCUGUGUUCAGGUUCACACAUCACCGUGGGGUCUCGUGUCCUGAUAGUUUCCAGGCAAGGCAGGAGCCGCUGCAGCGCAGUGACCGUUGCAUUUCUCAUACAUUACUUCAAAUACACACUGAAGGAGGCCUGGAUGUAUAUGUUCAAAUGUAAACCCAUCGCGAGGCCAAACACAGGGUUUCUGCAGCAGCUGUCCGACUGGGAGCUUCACACUUUGGGAACAAAACAGACUGAUUUAUCUGAACAUUAUUUUUAA